GAAGAAGGCGGCGACCGUCGUUUUGGGCCGACAGGAGCAGCUUGAAAAUCAAUAAAAACAAAAACCUUUAAUCGCUCUAAGACCCUCUCCGAGAGCUGAGAGCAAGAACAAUGAGGGGAGUGGAUUGCAGAAACUGGGACGAAGACGCUUACAAGAACAGCAUAUUGCAGGAGAGAGAGCGCCACUGCCGAACCGUCUUCCGAACCGCAUUCCCUCCCUCUCCCGACCUUAGCACAAAUCCCGACCUCAUCGUCGCCGCCUCCAGCGACGGCUCCGUCGCCUCUUACUCCAUUUCCUCUUGCCUCUCAACCUCUCUCCAAUUGAGCGUUGGUAAUGGUAGGGGUCAGACCAGGAGUUUGGUGCUUGCUGAACCGCGGUGCUUUCUUCAAGGCCAUGACGGACCUGCUUAUGAUGUCAAAUUUUACGGCAACACCGAAGAUUCUUUGCUAUUGAGUUGUGGCGAUGAUGGACGGAUUCAAGGAUGGAGUUGGAAGGAAAUCUUGAACACUGAACACCAUAUUUCUUUCCCAGGAGGCCAUUUGAAGCCAGUACUUGACUUGGUUAAUCCUCAACAUAAAGGUCCUUGGGGUGCUCUUUCUCCUAUACCAGAGAACAAUGCCAUUGCUGUUGAUACUCAGGGGGGUUCCAUUUUUGCUGCUGCUGGCGAUUCUUGUGCCUAUUGCUGGGAUGUGGAAAAAAGUGAAAUAAAAAUGGUUUUCAAGGGGCACUCAGACUAUUUGCAUUGCAUUGUUGUCCGAAAUUCUGGAAAUCAGAUUAUAACUGGAUCAGAAGAUGGGACUGCACGAAUAUGGGAUUGCAGAAGCGGCAAGUGUAUUCAAGUAAUUGACCCACAUAAGGACAAGAAGUUGAAAGAGUAUGUUCCAUUUGUCGGUUGCAUUGCUCUUGAUGCAAGUGAGAGCUGGUUGGCUUGUGGCAGUGGCCGGGCUUUGACUGUUUGGAACCUUCCAGCUCGUGAGUGCAUUUCAAGGACAUCUAUUCAUGCUCCUAUCCAAGAUAUGUUAUUUGAUGACAAUCAAAUACUAGCAGUUGGAUCAGAGCCUCUACUCAGUCGAUUUGAUAUGAACGGGAUCACUCAUUCACAGAUACAAUGUGCACCUCAAUCAGCAUUUUCCAUUUCUUUACAUCCAUCGGGUAUUACAGCAGUGGCCGGAUAUGGAGGACUGGUAGAUGUUAUUUCACAAUUUGGAAGCCAUUUGUGCACAUUUCGCUGCAAGUCUCUGUAAGUGGAGUUCACUUCUUAGCAUGUGCUUAGAGAAGAAGAGAUUAAUUGAUGUACUGCAAGAUUCUCAGCUUAGGAAGUUACAACAUCCUGCCAAAUGUUGCUGUUUAGGCCAUUUAUAUUACCAGAAAAGUAAAAAAACUUUCAUGAUGUUUUGUUGCAAGCAAACCUUUAUAUGUGGGUUAGCAGAAAAAAUUAUUUGUUUGAUUUUGCUAAGAUUUUGGAAAUUUUCCCCUCCAUUAUGCCAAGAGAGAGAAUUUGAAGGACGCAGUAGCACAGCAUUUUACUUGGAGAACCCUUAAUUAAGAAAAUUGUUGUCCUAACCCUUAGGGUUGACCCCGUGUUAAGGGAUCAUAGUGGCCUUUUUUGUUAUCAAGUUCAGAUCUUUCUUAAAGCAAGUUCAUACAUCAUCUGUGUUUUGCUUUG